UGUAAAGGCAAAGACAUGGCAGAAAGAAACCCAUUGGCUGGUAGAGCUUGGAAGGCACUGACAGAAGAAGAAAGAGAAGAAUAUAAAAAAAAAUCUAAAAACAUGAAGGAAAUUGAUCUUAAUACCAUAGAGGAUAGCCAAAGACAUAAGAUUAUAAGGACAGCAAGGUUGCAGAUAAUGGAUCAGCUUGAAGUACUAAAUAACCUUGGCUGCCAUUCAAUGUUACUUCUUGUUGAUACUGCUGAUGGUAAAAUUGAUGGAUUGGGAUCAGAGGAAGGACUCCAGUUUUUAUCUUCAAAUGUUGACAUCCAGCUUAAGUUUCGACAAUAUUUAGCAUGUGACAUUAAGGUUUACAGUCCUAAAGAUAUCUCAAAUCUAUUUAAUCAAAAAUAUAGUGAGGCCACAGGAAAGCAAAAUAGCAAAGUACCAUACCAGAAAGGGAACUUCAAGGUCCACAACUUACCAGAGGGCAUACCUUUUCAAAGACCAUAUGCAUAUGGUAGAAAACAAAGAUCUCUGAUAAUGGAGGCAAAAGAUUGCAUCAGAUUUGAGAUUUUGAAUGAUGAUGUCCAAAACUUGCACUCAAAUGAAGAAGUGUCUCAAAUAGUUGAUGGUGAGGUUAAGACUGGAGCUGAUGGAGACACCAACUUGCAGCCUCCACAGAUAUCUAAAGAGGAUUUCAAGGUUUUUUUAAAGUUGGUAGAUGGUGAGGUGCUGUCCGCAGCUGAUGUUGAAAGGAAAAUUGGAGAAAAAGAUGUUGCAGUUGAUUUAGUAUUAGACCAAGACGAAAGGUUAAAAGUACAAAGUAGUCCUGCUCUUUCCCUCUUUGAUGGUGAUGCAUUAAGGGCCAUAGAGGGAAACAUGAGUCAUAGUGAGGAGGAGGGGGUGGUCAUUCCUGUGUUCAGCGAUGAAACAGAACAAAAGUUCUGGCUCUUUUAUGGUUACAUAAGCCCAAGAUCUUUGUCUAGAAUAUCAGAUGAUGAAAAGGUUGAGGGGCUUUGGCUCGACAUCAUGGCAAAGGAUGAGUCAAGCACCAAGUACAAACUACUGACUAAACACCCUGAUUCUAUUGAUGGUCUAAAUAUUGUCAAAUCAAAAAUUGGACCUUUGUAUUUCUGUCAAAAAUUAGCACUGAGGAAAAACACUAUAUUUGAGAUGCCAGGAGGUUUUUAUAAUGCAAUAAUGAAAGUAAUUAAUUUAUACUGGUUUUAAUUUAAUUGAUAUUAACAUGAUUUUUUUUUUCAAAACAAGACAUGCAAUCAUGUAACAAAUUUAUAAGCAAAUUGUCAAUUA